UGCACGCUGGGCAGCGGUCGCUGGUCCCUGGGCGGCCCGGCUGGCCGGUUGCUAGGAGUCGGGGACGCCCGCCCGCCGAGAGCUGCAGCUCAGCAGGCCUGGUUUGGGCUGAAAAGAGCGGGCGCCAGYCGGCUGGUCUCCCCCGGGUCGCCCGCGCCUGCCUAGGGCCUAGGAUACCGCGGUGCUCGGGUCUACAAGGAGUGAUGGAACCUGGGAAGAGAAGAACCAAAGAUGAUACUUGGAAAUCAGAUGACCUCAGAAAACACCUUUGGGCGGCACGAUCAGGCAGUCCCAAGGAGGAGAAGAAACACAGAGAAAGGAAGCUGCACAAGGAGUCCGAAGUGGAGCUCUCUGAACACAGGGAGCACAAGUACAGGGACCCCGACUCAGACCCUCGGCACCGGGGAAGGACGACUGGGGGAGACCCUCACCCCUCCAAGGAGAGUCCUCGUGGGGAGAGAGACCGAGAAAAACUCCGAGAGAGGAGGAGAGACACAAAAGACCGGGAGAAAGAAAAGUCGAAAGAGAAAUGUCGAGAACAAGACACAGAGAAGCCUCACGGCCGAGGAAAAGACAGAGAAAAGGAAAGAGACAGGAGAGCUAGGAAGGAAGAGCUGAGGCCGACGGCUGCGCACCACAACCUCCUGGGCCGAGAGGCUCGGGACCGGCCCCUGGAGAAGGCGGAGAGGAAGAUGCGCUCAGUAAGCAAAGUAAGAAUUGAAGAAAAAGAAAGGCGAGAUGAAGACUCUGAAAGAGGAGAUGAAGACAGAGAAAGAAGAUACCGAGAAAGAAAGUUGCAGUAUGGGGACAGCAAAGACAACCCUCUCAAGUACUGGCUUUAUAAGGAGGAUGGUGAAAGAAGACACAGGAAGCCACGGGAAGCAGAUCGAGAGAGGAAACACCGAGAAAAAAGCAGCACACGGGAGAAAAGAGAAAGACAUUCAAAAGAAAAGAGCAACGCGUUCUCUGACAAAGAAGGGGAAGAAAGACAUAAAGAAAAACGACACAAAGAAGCCUUUCAUUUUGACGAGAGGCACCGAAGCAGUAUGGAUAAAAAAGAGAGACUGUGGAAAGAAGAGCACAGGAAAAGGGAGUCCAAGAAUGGUGAACCCAGAAGCCGAGGAACAAGUCUGAGAAGAGAUGGGACUGGCAACCAGCAUUCGGAGAGCGCAGCGAGGAGCAGUGGAAGGGAGAGGGAUUCGCGGGGGAAGGAAAUUGAUAGGGAAGACAUGGAAUUAGCAAAUGCUGAGGCUGAUGAAUAUUCAGUUGGUUUUGAAGAUGAUUUUGAAGACUAUGAAGAUGACUUUGAGGUUUGUGAUGGAGACGAUGACAGCAGCAACGAGCCUGAGUCAACAGAAAAACCGGAAGAACUUCCUUUAGCCCAAAAAAGGGAGAUACAAGAAAUUCAGAAAGCCAUCUACGCAGAAAACGAGAGGCUCGGGGAGCUGUCCUCAGAGCUGCUGCGGAAGCAGGGGCUGGCGGAGGGCCCCAGGGACCCCAGCGCAGAUGUGAACAGUUCCCCGUCCAGAGCCCCCGUUUGUGGAAUUUUUGUGGACUUUGCCACAGCCUCGCACCGUCAGAAGAGCCGGAUUCAGGCCCUUAAGCAGAAGACACGAAGUACAAAACUACUUCGGCUUAUCGACUUAGAUUUCUCAUUCACUUUUUCUCUCUUGGAUCUACCACCAGUAAAUGAAUACGACAUGUAUAUCAGAAACUUCGGGAAGAAAAAUACCAAGCAGGCAUACAUUCAGUAUAAUGAAGAUAAUGUUGACAGAGACGCUCAGACUGAAGACAUAGAGACCAGGGAUGUGUGGACCCAGCACCCAGGAGAAGGUGCCAUCGUGUAUGGAGGUAGUAAAGAACGGGAAUUCUGUGAUGCUACAGUUGUACCCAAGAUUGACACUCCAAGGUUAUCCAGCUUUCUCCGGGCAGCAUGUCAGGUGGUUGCUGUUUUGCUGGAAGAGGACCGUUUGGCUGGUGAGCCUGUCUGGAGCCUCAGGGCUGCAGAUCACACCCUGAGCAUUAGUGAUAGCUCUUCUCAGGUGGACACUGGCCUGCCAUUUCUUGAAAAUCGAAAAGUAUCCUGCUUGCAUGCCUCUCGAGUACAAAGGCAGACCGUGGUCUCUGUCCAUGAUCUACCAGAAAAGGCCUCUGCCCAGCUGUUGGACUGCAGAUACAUCCUCUGUGUAUGGGACAUCUGGCAGCCUUCAGGGCCCCAGAAGGUCCUGAUUUGUGAGUCUAAGGUCACGUGUUGCUGCUUUAGCCCUCUGAAGGCAUUUCUGCUGUUUGCUGGAACAGCACAUGGCUCAGUGGUGGUGUGGGACCUAAGAGAAGACUCCAGGAUUCACCGUUAUGUUGAGCUGAGUGACUGCUGCUGGACCUUCAGGACAGCCACGUUUUCCACCGACGGAGUCCUCACCUCAGUGAGCCACCGAAGCCCUCUGCAGGCCCUGGAGGCCGUCUCCUCAUCCGUCUGCCGGAAGCAGAGCUUGGUGCUCUCGCCCUUCUCUACCCAGGAAGAAACGUCGGGUUUGUCGUUCCACGUGGCCUCCCUGGAUGACAGCGGGGUUCUCAAUAUGUGGGUGGUUGUUGAAUUACCAAAGGCGGAUAUGGCAGGCUCGAUAAGUGACUUAGGUCUCAUCCCUGGAGGGAGGAUCAAGCUGGUGCACAGUGCCACGCUGCAGGUGGGCGACAGCCUUUCCCAUCAAGGGCUUGAAUUCUGGGGGCCCACACAAACACUGAGUGUCCGAUUUCUGCCUUCAGAUCCUAAUCACUUUAUUGUUGGCACAGAUGUGGGUCUUAUAAGCCACGGCACAAGACAAGACUUGAGAGUAUCUCCCAAACUAUUCCGACCUCAGCAAUGUGGUAUAAGACCAGUAAAAGUCAAUGUGAUUGAUUUUUCACCAUUUGGAGAAACAGUAUUCUUGGCCGGCUGCUCCGAUGGCAGCAUCAGGCUGCACCAGCUCACCUCUGCACAGCCGCUGCUGCAGUGGGACCACAGCACGGGGGGCCGGGCCAUCAGGGCACUGCAGUGGUCCCCCACGAGGCCCGCCGUGUUCCUGGUGCAGGAUGACGCCUCGAGGAUUUACGUGUGGGACCUUCUGCAGAGUGACCUGGGCCCCGUGGCCACGCAGCUCGUCUCCCCAGACAGGGUGGUGACCAUGACCGUCAUGGGGGAGCCAGAGAAGGCCAGGGGCAGCUUCCAGGCCCUGGUGCUUGCCAGAGCCUCGGGCAAGGUGGACAUCCAGUACCUGAAGAGGCAGUGGACGUGCCCGGAGGCAGACGAGCACAGCCGGCUGCGCCUGCUCCUGCAGGGAGCCCUGAGGAAGGAAGGUGGCCUGUCUGCCUGAGGGCGCCGUCCACGUUGAGGACCCAUGACCCGACACUGGACCUUGGGCACUGUGUUCACUUGUGUUUGUGUACGUAGAACAAGCGUAUUCCAUACAUGCUUUGUUUUACAGAGUGUUAUUUCUGUAUUCCCAUUAAAUAAGUCACUAUUUUGGAAGAGAAACMAAAGAACAUUUUAUUGUACACUAAACUUCAAAGGAAAUAUCAAGUUAAGUCCAAUAUGCUCUUUUCUGAGAGUAUUUCUAGUUAUUUUUAGAAUAAUUGUAAAAUAUUAUCACAUUUAUCACUAGAUCUUAAACAGUCUACCAUGAAAAUUUAUUGUAAUGGACUAUUUUCUUAGUUGUGCAUAAAGUGAUAAACACACAUGUCUAAAUUAAA